AUGGAGUCUGCGCUACUUGCAAUCGGUGAAAUUGUAGAACAAGGCGAAGGUGCUCACAUGGAAAGUCCCGUUGACGAAUCGACCAAGCAGUACGCCCACUUUUUCCGUUUCGAGGAAAUUUUCUGUGAAAACAAACUGGAAAGGUUGCCCGACGGAGAGGGGUACGCGUAUACAGGAGACCCAAUACCUUACAACCCAAACGGGGUGUGGAACAUGAAGGACAAUCUCGCAAUAUCUGACAUUGAGAAAGGCACCGUGUGUCACACGCAAGCAAGAGCAUUCCACAACGUCUAUAAAACGUUACUGUGCGUUUUGCAAGACACGUUUGACGGGCAUCCGGAGAAAAUGGACGAGGCUAUGAAACUAAUGGAGGUGUUGAAGGUUCACGCAAAAAGGGCAAUCUGGACUCCGCUGAACUCCCUCACUUCUAGACCUCCAGAAGACGGGGAAGUGAUGUGUGGCCCAAUCUGGGAUUACGAGUGGGAGGAAUGA